AUGCCUCGCAGUCAAACGCAGCAGCGUAAUCCAAAGGACCGCUCGGCGCAGAAACCACCCCAGAAGCGAAAAAACGGACGGUCGCUCAACGCGCUUGCCAUCGCAGAGAAGCAGAUUCCGACUAGACUGGGUGUCCGACGCAGUCGUCUAGGUGCCUACGAUGAUGGUUCCAGCCGCAAGAGAAACACUGGCGGUGACGACGAGGACGAAGAAGAAGAGACCCCGCACCACAAACGUCGCCGAACUGAAGAUACCGGAAGUCUCGACGGCGGCAGCGAUAGCGAGGGACACGAAUGGACUCUCGGACAAGUGAACAGUGAUGACGACAGCGAACUUGACAGUGACGAAGCCCUCGGCGAAAGCGACGAAGAACGAUUCGAAGGAUUCACCUUCCGGGCAUCCAAGUCCAAAAAUCCGCCCAAGAAGACCCCUAAGCCCAAAAAGCCCGUCGAAAUCAACCUGGACGAGGACGACGAUGAAUCGGAAGAAUCUGACGGUGAAGACUACGACGAGGACGAGGACGACGAUUUGGGAGAAGACGCCGUUGAUCUCGCAACUGCCUGGGAUAUGAAUGCAGCUGCCGAUGAGGAGGAAGCCAAGGAGGCAGAAAAGAAAUCCAAGCGGGCCGCCAGAGACGACAGUGAAGAGGAUUCUGGUUCAGAGGCAGACAGCGAGAGUGAUGCUAGCGAGGACGGUCUAUCAGCCUCAGAUGACGAGGAGGCAGAUCCCCAUCAGCUAUCGAAGUUACAAGAUUUCGUUCAGUCUAUGGACACCGGAAAACCAUCAAAGCGCACUCAGAAGUCACAAGAACAAGCCAAGCCCUCCGAAUACGGCUUGACAUCCUCCAACAAACUGACAGUCGCCGACCUUCUGCCCUCAAUCACCGAUACCCGUCUCAAAAACUCUCUCAAACAUAUUGAUUCCGUUGUUCAGGCAUCCAAGACUGGUGUUCCAGGCAAGCUCGACGCCCCUCUGGCAAAGCGUCAGCAAGAUCGCCUCGAUCGGACUGUCGCCUACGAAAAGAGCAAAGAGACUUUGAACCGAUGGUUGGAUACCGUCAAAGCUAACCGCCGAGCCGAACAUCUAUCCUUCCCUCUACGUGAUCCCGAUGCCGAGCAAACCCACCGCUUGGAGGUGGCCAAGCCACAGACAGACUUGGAGAGCGCCAUUCAAAACAUCCUUGUGGAGAGUGGUUUGGCUGAGGCAGAGGGCAAGACUGGCGAGGACCAGAUUCAAGAGAUUGAAGAGCUCCAGGCUCGCAACGUCCCCAUCGAAGAGAUUCAGGCUCGUCGGGCAGAACUGCGCAAGCGACGUGACUUGCUCUUCCGGGAGGAAGUUCGUGCCAAGCGCAUUAAGAAAAUCAAAAGCAAGUCUUACCGCCGCGUCCAUCGCAAGGAGCGCGAGAAGAUGGAGCAGCAGGAACGACAAGCGCUCAUGGACGCCGGUGUGGAUCCCGAUGAAAUGGAUCAGGAGAAGAGUGAGCGACAAAGAGCCGAAGCUCGCAUGGGCUCCAAGCAUCGCGAUAGCAAAUGGGCCAAGGGCUUGAAGCAGACCGGCCGCACUGCGUGGGAUGAAGACGCCCGCAACAGUGCAGCCGAUUUGGCCCAAAGAGAGGAGGAGCUACGGAAGAGAAUCGAGGGCAAGCGUGUUUCUACUGGAGAUGACGACUACCUGGGCUCUUCUAGCUCUGAAUCGGAAGAAGAGGAUCCUUGGAAUGAGGAGGGAUCCGAUGUGGAAAGGCAGAAGUUCCAGAAAAAGCUUACUGCCCUCGAGAGCAACGACAAGUCCGGCGCCGUGAAGGGACCCCACGCCGACCUUUUCGAAAUGAAGUUCAUGCGAAACGCUGAUGCCGCUCGCAAGGAUCAGAACGAUGCGGAACUUCGCAAACUCAACCGUGAGCUCCAUGGAGAGGAUUCUCAGUCAGAGGCCGAUUCCGAGGUCGGUCGACGAAAGUUCGGUCAGUCAGCGAAGACCGACGCCAAGGCUCAACAAAAGGCGUUGCCUAAGAACGAGUUCGAGGAAAAGCUGGACUCUGAUGACGAAGAUGCAAAUGGUGCUGGGUCGGAUGAUGCCAUGGACAUUACCGUUGACCAGCCCGCCAAACAACAGUCAGGAGCUCGCGGUAACAAGGCUAUCUCACAAUCCUCGCGCAAAGCCUCCAACCGUGAGAAAGAAGUCGCGGAGGAGGUACCUGCGGAGGAGGAGAACCCGUGGCUUGUUCAGACCGAACGAACCAACCGCCGCCGAACUGGACCCGAUGCUCAAGAGAGCAUUGACAUCUCGCUCGAUGCCACCCAGCCAGAGGCUGCCUCGGCGAAGUCGCAUACCAAAAGGCAAAAGAAGGCCAAGCAAGCACUCGCCAGCAAGCAAUUCGAUGAUGAGAAUGAUAGCGACGAUGAGGAUAAUGUUCCUGUCCUACUCAAAAACCAUGAUCUUGUGAAGAGAGCUUUCGCCGGCGAUGAAGUCGUUCAAGACUUCGACCAAGAGAAGAUGGAUACCAUCGAAGACGAAGGCGACAAGGUUGUUGACAACACACUUGAAGGCUGGGGAAGCUGGGCCGGCGAGGGCGUCAGCAAGAAACAGCAGAAGAGACAGAAGCGAGACCUGACCACUGUCGCGGGUGUGAAGCCCCAACAGCGCAAGGAUGCAAAGCUCGAUCGGGUCAUCAUCAACCAGAAGCGAGUCCAGAAGAACAAGAAGUACAUGGCUACCCAGCUACCCCAUCAAUUUGAGACAAAGCAGCAGUACGAACGAUCUCUGCGCCUGCCUCUUGGCCCUGAGUGGUCUACCAAGGAGACUUUCCAGAGUGGCACCAAGCCUCGUGUCAUGAUCAAACAGGGUAUCAUCAAGCCCAUGGAAAAGCCCAUGGUUUAA